AAGGAAGGUGAGGCAGCGCGAAUCGCAUUCGGCAGCGAUUGGAGUGAAGAAGUGUGAUGUCUGGAAGAGGCAAAGGAGGCAAAGGCCUGGGAAAAGGCGGAGCGAAGCGGCACCGCAAAGUGCUCCGUGAUAACAUCCAGGGCAUCACGAAACCAGCCAUCCGGCGCCUGGCUCGCCGUGGUGGGGUCAAGCGCAUCUCGGGCUUGAUCUAUGAGGAGACCCGCGGGGUGCUGAAGGUUUUCCUUGAGAAUGUGAUCAGGGAUGCGGUCACCUACACUGAGCACGCCAAGCGCAAGACGGUCACUGCCAUGGAUGUGGUGUACGCUCUGAAACGCCAGGGCCGCACUCUCUAUGGGUUCGGCGGCUGAGCAAAUCGACCCUUUUCCA